UAUCAGCCCAACUUCUUAAAAAAAAAAAAAGGUUCGAAAUACUGGUGGAUGCUGGGAGGUGAAUCCGGUGAAACCCUAGGGCGUUGAGGGCGUGAAACCCGCACCGGAGAUCACUCGACUGCUUCAUCCACUCUCCAGUCAUGGCCGCGGCUCUCAAAGUUCCUCUCUCAAUUAUCAGGCAUCGUUGUGUUCUUCACUCUUCUGCGACCGUAAGAACCAUUUGCAGUCAGUCGACCUUUACCUUCCAAGCAUCAUCUUUGUACCUGCGGCCUCAGAGAUAUGUACGCCAUAUAUCUGCCUCGGUUAAUGAAGAAGCUUCAGCCAGACUAGCUGCCGACAGUGCAGAAAGUGGAGGUCCGACCAUUUUUGACAAGAUUAUAUCAAAGGAAAUCUCUUCAUCCAUUGUUUAUGAAGAUGAUAAGGUGUUGGCUUUCCGAGAUAUUAAUCCUCAAGCUCCUGUUCAUGUUCUUGUUAUACCAAAGGUCAGAGAUGGACUAACCCAACUUGGAAAGGCUCAAACAAGACAUGCUGAGAUUUUGGGUCAGCUUCUUUAUGCUGCAAAGGUAGUGGCUGAUAAGGAAGGCAUAGCGGAUGGCUACAGAGUUGUUAUUAAUAAUGGCCCUAGUGCAUGUCAGUCCGUUUAUCAUCUUCAUCUGCAUGUGCUUGGUGGGCGACAGAUGAAGUGGCCACCUGGUUAAAUGAAAGAGUGCUGUAGAUCGCUGGCUCUUAUUUAUGCUUGUCAUCAGGUUCCUUUCUGCUCUCUUUCCUCCUCUUGUUUUCCUUGCCAAUCUUGUUAGCGAAGUAAAAGGACCAUUGUUUUGCUCAAGUUUCUUGCUGGCAUUGGCGUUUAUGUAAUUUUACCUGUUAAAUAUGAAAGAUAACAUUUCAUUUAGUAUUAACAUUAAUAAUGAUGUUGAUUAAAGAAGUUGUAUAGAAUGAA